CUACAUUUCCCAGCACAUCCCACUCCCCACGCAGCGGAGUCCAAGGCUGAGCGGCAGUCGCGUAGCGCCGGCGAGGAAGGGCUGAGGUAUGUCCUUGCCUGGCAGGAAUAGGCUUUUGUGCCGGAGAAAACCAGGAUGGCUUCUAGGGGCUCCAGUUCCCUGCACACCAUUCACAGCGCCCUGCAGGAGUGUUUCCGUGCUCUCCAGGAGCAACACGAGGCCUGGAAGAGAGUGCUAGCUGCCUGCACACCUCUUCUCAGUUCCUUGGCCAACCUGGCUGAGCAGAUGCAGGCCUCCCAGAAGGUCUCCUUUGCCAACACCCCCCUGCGAGACUUCCCAGAUCUGCCAGAGAGGCUGAGGCACAAGCAGCAAAAUGCCAUGGAGGCUUUGUUGGAGGUGCUGCAGCAAGACCACCUAAUGGAGCUCCAGAAAGUGAGGGAUACUGUUGGGGUCCGUGUGGACAGUGUUUUCCGGCUCUGUGAGCAGCCAGGAGAUGGCCUAAGCCUGGAGACGACCUUCCAGCGCUCUGCAUCAUGCCCCUCAUUGGCAGACAUGCUGGAGUGGCUUCUGGAUGUUGAAGAAUUUUACCACCAUGUAUACUUGGGGCUCAAGUUUCUCCUCCUUCAGGUCAGCUACACGAACCUGAUGGAGAUGCAAGCUCUUCCAAAGGCCUGGGAGCAGGUGCUACAGCAGGGCCUCCAAAACACAGCAGAAGGUAAUGACACCAAUGUGGAACAAGUCUUUGGCGAUGAGGUGGGGUCAAUAGCGAAACAGAACCCUCAGCUUCUAGUAGCUAGAUAGAGGUAUAGCACCAUGAAUAUGGAGGGUUCAUUUUGGGGUAUCAUAAAUGUUAAUACUGGGAGAGUGUUCAGUGCACCUUCAUGUACACUGCCUUGUGAUCCUUACACCAUUCUUGCAACAUAGGGCAGUGCGCUAGUGCUGAUACAGGGCAAGGGUUCAUGGCAGAGGUAAGAUUUUGACUGGAAAGUCUUAGCCACUGGCAAAUAGCCACCAACAUGCCCAUAAUCUAUGAACAGGUGCACAACUGAACCAAUAUUGGCCUAUAGAAAACGACAGUGCUUUGCACCUGCUCCUCACAAAUGACCUGUUCCUCACAAAGAGCCCUCUUCUGAUCUGUCUCUCAGAAGUGUUGCUGAAGGUCUCCUUCUUUCUGGAAGCUGUGUGAGGACAUGGAACUUGCUCAUCUUCCCAAGAGAGGCCAGCUUUCCCGGGACAGCUCACCACCAUGUGAAGAGGCCCAGACCUUAAACAGGGCUGCUUUUAGAUCAGAUGGAGCUCCCCAGCCCUGCAGUCAGAAGAUGCACAAUUCUGGAUCCUGCUCUGUGUGAGGACCUGGGCUAGUGCUGGCCCUCAGAUUUGAAAUGAAGAGUAUGUGAACCAGUUCCUUAUUGAGCCACAUGCCACCAUUUCUGGUAGGCGUCUCUUUGUAAAUUAAAUUUGAUGUCGCACCCUUGGAGUGCAAAAUGUCCUUUUUCCUGUUGUGCCUGUAGCUGUCCAGAGUGCAGCAGCUGCAAGAAGCAUAGCCUGGGUGAGGGUCUGUGGGCUAGUUUCUCCAGAAGAUCAACCAGGCAUCCCUUUUUCCAGGAAUAGAUGCUCAUAGCCUGGAUGAAUUUGUAUUUAGUCACAACAAAGAAGCAAAAUUUCUAUAUACCCUAAUGACAGUUGGUCAUGGCACCAGACAGAGGAGAAGUAAUGUGCAUCAUUUAAGUGGCACUCAGAAACGGGUGUAAAAUAUAAGUGUUGGUGAACUGAUUUGGAACAGUGAUCACAGUGCUAUCAAAUUCAACAGAUGGGGAAGAAUGUCUAAGAUAGAAGGAAUUGGAAGAAGGUCAUUACAGCAAUGCUGUUAUACAAAUCUAUGGUGCAACUGCACCAUAUGCAGAAAUGCAGAAACGGAAAAGGUUCAGAAAAAGGCUACCAUAAUGAUCAAGGGGAUGUAACAGCUGCCCUAUGAGGAACAGUUACAAUAUUUGGGGCAUUUUAGUUUGGAAAAGAGGCAAGUAAGGGGUCUGGGGGAACUUGGGACCAUCCAACAAAGCUGAAUGUUGGAAGAUUCAGGAUGGAAAAAUAAAGUACUUCACACAGCAUAUAGUUAAACUAUGGCAUUCAUUGCCAUAAGAUGUAGUAAUGGCCACCAAAUUGGAUAGCUUUAAAAGAGAAUUAGACAAUUCAUGUCUCCUAGCCAUGAUGGUUAUGUUUUACCUAUACUGUCAGAUACACUAUUGUAAUCACAAGUGGGAAGGGUGUUGUUGCAUGCAGGUCCUGCUUUGGCGCUUCCCGUGGGCAACUGGUUGGUCACUGUGAGAACAGGAUGCUGGACUGAAUGAACUCCCUUUGGCCUCUUAGAGUUUUAGGAAUUGCCUUGCAGUUGUUAGGAGCGAAGAUGAAAAGGGUUGUGCCUUAUCCCUCCCACAGCUUUCCACCACUUUUGGUGGAGGUGCUGUUCCCCUUGAGAAGCAGGCUUGAGCAGUCAGCUACUGUAAAUCAGUUUUGUAUUUAUUACUUCAGUGGUACUGUUAAAUUGCAAAGUGUCCUGUCCCAACAGCCCUGUGAAGAAGGUUGAUAAUUUUCCUGUUUCCAUACUGUGGCAUCACUGUAUCUAUGCAAGGAAAGUAUUCAGUUUUGACAGUGUUUGUGACUGUAUAACAAAAUAUGAUUGAGUUCUUACUGCUUACCUGCAUGCUGUGUGUCCACUUGAGGGCGCUUGCAGACCUUCUUACAGAGGGAGCGGCUGGGGUGAAGCGGAAACCCUUUGCCUCUCUUACUUGGCACAUUAGGUCAGUGGUCGUUCCUCAUUUCAUACUCUGGUAUUUUAAACAGCCCUGCUGCUCACCUUCUAGAGGAAGAUCCCAUGUCUGUGCAACGGGGAAAAUCGCCUGCCUUCUAACAUAAUUGGUUUAUUUUAUUAUUUAUAACACUUUAUUGCAAGAUGUCUAUUAAAGCUGAGAUGGAAGUCAUUACAAUAACAUGUUAAACUCACCCUGGUUUUAUUCUACCUCCUUUGUUCUUGUUUCUCUUUUUGCAUUUCUUAAGAGGCUCCUUAAAACUUCUUAAAAUUAAAUAACCCAGUGCUUUUAGCUCCUGGUCCUCCUUUACUGCAUUUUCCAUCUCUCUUCUUUUUACCAAAUGCAUUUUUAUCACCCCAUAUUAUAAUACUUAAAAUACACUAAGCAGCUUGGAGUGGGUGAUGGCAGCAGAAGGUUUACCAUCUCACACAAGCACACCCUUGCUGCCUCCAGGAGUGAGCAGUGCAGGGCUCCAGCAGGACACGUGACCAGCAGGUGCCUUUGAUCCCUCCCAUCUGGGCAGUCUGCAUCAAAGCUGUGCAUUCCUAUGGCCAUCUGGUGCUUGUGCUUGUUACCCACAAAACACCUGUCACUGUUAACAUUGCACGGCUCUACUAAUGUAGUGUUUCUGGCUGGAAAUGGUGAUGGAUGGGUUUGAGGCAACACGCAUGAAGGCAGCCCAAGAGCAUCCUGCACAGCUGCUGCAAGGAGUUGUAGAGGAGCUUCCCCGCAUUUGGUGUUGCUGCUGUUGAAGCGAUGAGCUGUGCUUCUGCCUCUUGUGCUCAGAGCAUCAGCUCUCCCACCAGCCGAGUCUGCACUUGGCUGUCGCUUUCUCUCUUCCAUGUGGCCUCCAAAUAAAUCAGUCAUAAGAGCAGCCUGUGGCAGCAAAGGCAACAAGAAGCUGAAGAAUGCAAGAAGUGGCUGUUGAAGUUGGAGGGUCUACCGACUCUGAAGCUAGAGCAGGGUUUCCCAAACUUGGGUCUCCAGCUGUUUUUGAACUACAACCCCCAUCAUCCCUAGCUAGCAGGACCAGUGGUCAGGGAUGAUGGGAACUGUAGUCGAAAAACAGAUGGAGACCCAAGUUUGGGAAACCCUAAGCUAGAGAAAGGAAAAAGGGGCUUCCCUUUCUAUGUAUCUGCCCCAAAUGCUUUCUGUCCAUCUUCAAGCAUCCUGCAGAAAUAUGUCCUUCAGGCCAGUUGUGAACAUGGCUGUGUCAUAGUAGCAAACAUGCUUAGCUUGCGUUCUCAUUUGCUUUGGUGGAUCUGGCAGGGUUUAUCACAUCUUGCCAGCAGCGCAUGGAAAUGGCAGCCUUGUCACAUUUCUGGGGCCAAGCCCACAGCUGACAUUUCAGGAUCCCCCCACCCCCCCCAUUCCACACAAACACUCUGGGGUGAUGUCACCCAAGGAAUCAUUUGAGAUUUCUGCUGGAGGGCCUUUUGGGGAGUGGAGGGUGCCUGAGAGGUGCCACUCGCCCCAGCAGAGCAAAAGCCAAGCCCGUCUCAGACUGCGCCCAGCUGCGGACCUGAAACCAAUUAGGCAGGGCGGUGUGCCUUUCCGAGGCAGUAACCCAAAACCGUCACACACAUUAGGCUGAGAUGGACGUCGAGAGGCGGUUGGAAUUCGUUACAGAGCAAAACACACAACUUGUGGCGCUGAAAUAGAACCAUCAGGUUCCGCUUGUACGACCCCUUCACAUCAGAAAACUUAAUAGAAUUAUCCCAUCAGGGGACAUUUGUUGAAGGUCAAUUUAUUAAAGACAAAUGGAAUCUUAUAAAAACAACAGAGUCUUGUGGCACCUUAGAGAUUCACUAAUUAAUUAUGGUGUAAGCUUCUAUAUGCCGCAAGAAGACACUUUGUUGCUUUUUGCGGCAAUGGGCUGACGCAACUAUUCUGUCCUUCUGGAAAUGCCAAAAUGUGGUAUGUUCCAGAGGGGGUGGAAAGGGGCAGCUGGGAAGAUGGGAUUGUGAAUGGACCCCUCAAAAUAAAGGAGCCCCGAAGAGCCACUCUAAGCCACCUUCUUGGAUAAAUGAGAAGAUCAAGCUAUUAAGCUGCCUUACAGUGAAUAAGACAAUGAGGCCAUCUAGGUUAGUUUUCUUUACUCUGGCAGCGGCAGCAGCAGACCCUCAAGGACUUGGGCAGAGGGAGGCCUUUUCCAGCACCUGCUGUUGAUUCUCUUUAAGUGCAGUUGCUGGUUCUAGACUGGGAAGGUCCUUUGCAUUCUUGGUGUGCAGGAGGAGAAUGGUGCCAUUUUGACCAGGGACAUCUGUGUGGUGAGCUGAGCUCCCUUUUGGUUCUGCCCAUCUCUCCCCGCUCCUCCCUAGCACGAGCGCCCAACCCACCAGAGAACUGAAAUAGGUGGUGCUCCUUGUUUGACAGAGUCCCACCAGAAAGCCAUUGGGGAAGACGGAGAACGAAGCCUUGGUUUGUGCAGGAUUUCUGAUGCUACGCAUGCCCAUGAGGUGCUUUCUCACAGCGUGCCACAAGGUGGAGACAUCCUGGCUGUUCCUCCCUUCACAGUUUUGCUCCUUGCCCAAAGGCAGCUGCAUGUGGGCUGGCUGAAGGCCCAACAGCGGAGAAGGGAGAAGAAUUAGAUCUCAUUUAAGCCCACUUUGGUUGUAAAUAAACUAUAAUCACUUCAAAUGUUUUGCUUAAUAAGGAAAGGAUGUUAACCAUUAAGCAAACACUCAGCGAGCGCGUUACUGCCAGACUGGAGAUACCAAAGGGGAAGGCGAUUCAACCCAAGCUGUUAAAACAAACCAUUUGCGGGUCUGCAAAAGGCGGGUUUGUAUUUCUUUAGGUCUGGCCCCUUUCCGGGUCCAAAUAAUCAAAAUUCGCAUUGGGGAUGGAGGGGAGAGGAGAGUUAGUAUCACUUCUGUAAUGACCCCAGGGAGAAGAGCUGCACAAAGUAGCAUCUGCACAUAAAGAACUGCUGAUUCCCCCUUUCCCCACUUCUGUGGCAGUUCCGUACCCCCCCCCCCAUCCCAAAAGCCUUUCACUAAGAACUUUAGUCUGGCUCACAAAUGGGGGUAGACGACUUGCAAGGGUGAGUGAUGCCAUUGCAUUAGGUUGUGGCAGAGGGAGAGAAUGGAAGCAGGGCUGCUGAUCCCCUGGCUGCUGAGAGACCAGGUCUCUAUGGCUCUUCCUCAGCCAUUACCCAAUAGCUGUCAGGUUGCAGCAGUGUGAGAGAUGGGAAGCAGGGCUACUUUGCUGGCUCUGCUGAGAGAACAGCUGCCUUUGGCUCUCCCUCAUCACUUAGUGGCAGCCAUUCUGCCAGGCUGCAGAAGAAAGGGAACGAAGGGAAGCCAGGCCACUCCACCGGUUCUACUGAGAGAUUUGGCUGCUUUUCUGUCUCUGAACUGACCUAUCCCAGCUGGUCCAUGUUGGUACUUUGUAACUGAGAACUGGUGCUUGACUUUGCUUUUCUCCCUCUGCCCCUCUGCCUUUGCUUAUGUUGUGUCCCUAAGGGCAGGAACUGGUGUUUGUUUGUUGAUCUGUAAGCCACUCCGGGAGCCCUUUUUGGCCGAAGAGUGGGAUUUUAAAAAUCUUUAAAUAAAUAAAAUAAUCAACAAUACAGUAUUUCUCACAUACAUGUGUGCUGCAUGUGUGCACUGGAAAGCAUGCAAAGGGGAGCUGUUUGCAACCGGGGAAUGAAAUUUCAAUGGCUGCUGGGAAGAUCACCUCCAGGACUCGUCUACUGCCACACUGAGCAAUGACCCUUCCAGAGUUGUCUUCCUCCUCCAUCCCCUUCUCCUCCUGCUCCAUCUCUGCUGGUCUCUUUCCAUCUGGCCAGCAAGAGGACCGGCUGACUCAUAGCUGCUUCAGCAGAAAGUAUCGAAGAGAUCCUUGACCUGUGGGUGCUGCAAGACAUCCUACUGGAGACAAUCGUUGGGGGGGCGGGGGUGAGUAAUGUUUUAUGGGCUUCUGUUAGGCCCAAGAUUUAAUGUUGGUAGUAUGUUAUUCCCCCCCCCCUGUUUUUGUGAUUCUGUUUUUGUAUUUUGUUGUAAGACAUUAUUCAUUAUAAGGGGUUUGUUUAAUUUUAUUGAAUAUUUUUUGAGAUGCUUCCAUUAACACUUAAAUUUUGUUACAUUUCGUAACUUAGUGAAUUAUGUGAUUUUUUUCUUGCAAACUGCCUUGGCCAUAGUUUACUAUGGAAAAGUGGCGUACAGAUAAGUUAUGAUGUUGAUGAUGGAACAUUUGGCACUUCCAGGCAGAUUUGUUCCUUUUUGAGCGUCAACAUUUUUGCUUCCUUCCAGUGUUGCCUGUGGAUUGCCACUACUCUGUUCUUCUCUGACUUUCCACCCACCAGCGCAAAGGGGCAGUUAGCUUUUCCCCAUAAGAGUCCAGGCACUAUAACUGUCUCAUCCAUAGGUGUGUGAGUGAUCAGGGAUCUCAUAGUUGCCAUGGUCUGACUUUAAUGGGAUGCGUUGCUCAUUCCCUAGAACAGAUUACAGGCAAGGACAGAAAGAUGCUGUGAGGACCUCUGCCAACUCUCUUGACUCGGGUGAAAUAAGCCAGUUGCACAAGUAGAGAAGAUCAAUAACAGCUGUAGAAAAAGCCAAGAACAGCAGCAAAUAGAUAUGGUUCUCAACAUUUUUUGAGGAAACCAUUCAAGCAGCAUGUUUUGUUGAGCCAGAGUAGAAAAAAUUUCCCCAAGCAGUUUUUAUCAAGAAGCACCCAGCAUUUCCCUUAACAAAAGAGCGUUCGUGAAACGCUUUGAGGACCAUGUCCGUUGGGCAGCUGCCUCUUCUGUUGCUGUUUUUCUGGGCUGAUGAACCAAUGAACAUGUGGUAGCGAUUGGCGCCUGCUACUUUCUCUGACAUCAUGACUGAGGGUUAGAGUUGAGCCAGAAGCCUGGGAGAAAGGGGGCAUUUUGGAGUGGGGGGGGGGUUGGAAUCCUGGACUCUGAUUACAAAACGUUAUUUAUGAAGUGGUGAGCUCAUGAGCAGCCCAGGUACUGCCAAAUUUAAAGGUUUUUUCAUCUAACAGAAUGAACAUAAUUUUAACAUGAAUAUCCAAGCAAAGACCCAUGGAUUCUGGACAGCUUUAUGGACACAAGCAAUAAAUUCUGUACUCAAGAGCCUCUCCAAAGCUGAGUGAUUUGGUGGUAAAAUGACAAAUGCAGUUCAAUGUAAAGAAGUGCAAAGUGUGAUGCAUGUUGGGGCAAAAAAAUGUUAUUUUCAUAUAUGCACUUCUAGGAUCUGAACUGGACGUGACUUACCAGGAGUCAUAGUGGAUAGCUCAGUGAAGAUGUUGGCCCAGUGUGUAGCAGUUGUGGAAAAGGCAAAUUCCGUGCUAGAGAUAAUUAGGAAAGGAAUUUAAUAUAAAACUGACUGUAAUGCUGUUACGCAACAGUAUGGUGCAGCCACUUUUGGAAUACUGUUCUGUGUAUGUUUGUGGUGGCCUCAUCUCAAAAAGGAUAUUGUAGAGUUGGGAAAGGUUCAGAAAAAGGGUACAAAAAUGAUCAAAGAGAUGGAGCAACAUCCUUGUGAGGAAAGGUUGCAGUAUCCACCAGAAACUUCAUUGAAAAGGUGAAUAGGACAUGACAUGAUGAAAGUUUAUAUAAUUAUGCGUGGCAUGGACGAAACGGGUAGAGAAAAGACCCCCCUCCUCCCCAUAACAGUAGAACUUGUGGACAUCUAGUGAAGUUGAAUAUCAGAAAUUCAAGACAGAUAAAAGAAAGUACUUCACGUAGCUUAUAGUUAAACUAUGGAAUCCGCUCCCAUGGGAGGGAGGGAUGGGUACCAACCUAUAUGACUUUACAAGAAUAUUAAGCAAAUUCAGGGAGAAGAGGGCUAUCAAUGGCUGCUAAGCCAUGAUGGUUAUGCACUGCUUCCACAGUUGGAAACAGCAAUGCUUCCGAUCACCUGUUGCUGGAAACCACAGUUGGGGAGAGUGCUCUUAUGCCAGAAUCCUGCGUGUGGGUUUUCCAAAAGAGGCCUCUGGUUGUCUACUUUGAGAACAGGAUGCUGGACUAGAUGGGCCAUUUGCUUGGUCCAGGAGGCUCUUCUGUUAUGUGAUGUCACUGGGCACACUGACCAGAUGCUUGUGCAGCCCACCACUAUAGAUGCUGCUGUCUAAACGCCGACAAGUGCAGAAGCCAGCAGGAAAAAUACUGUGUGAAUAUCAAUGGCACCUGAAGAAAUGUGAUGACACCUAAAUCUCUCAAUCGCUAAGGAAAGACACUGCAUUUGCAUUUAUUGCACAGUAAAGCAGUUUGUGCGGAGGUUCUGCCAUGUCAGUUCUCACAAGGCCUGUAAGCAAGAGACUGGUUUCUGUGAUGCUCUUUUGAACAUCCUUGCAAGAGGAAUCUCACAGAAGGGAGGGGAAGCUCAUCCUGUACAGGACCCCCCCCCUUUUGCUUUCCUUUUUGAAAAACAUGGUUUGCAUUAAACUUACAAUGUUUUCUUUGGAAAAAAAUUAUGUGUAUGUAUUUCCACAUUCCAAAUUUGGAAGAUUUAAAAUGUAUAAAUAAUCCAGUAAUUUGGGGGCACUGCACUAAGAUUUCAUGUGAGGAGAUAAAUCAACCCCUCAUUUACAUGCUUAAUCCAUUCCACAUUUCGUUCACCAGCCUUCUUGGAAAAGGCUCAAAGGUAUUUCUCUGAAGGAUCUGUCUUUUGCAACUUCUCCCGCUGCUGCUCAGCCUGGAGGCAGAGAUGGAGCUCCACCCUAGGGCCAAAUGUUGCACCCAGAUGUCACAGAGUCAACCUUCUUCCAAGAAUGCAACAGCUUCCCUGGGUCUGCUGUCAUCCCUACCAGGCUGGGCAAGGAGGAGGAUGGGUGUGCCUCUCUUGGAACUCUUCCAGGAGGGGUGAUUGGGACCAAAUCCCCACCCAACCAUGACUGACCUAGGGCAAGUCCUUAUCUCUCAAGCAAACUACAUCACGGGUUUGUUGGGAGGAGAAAAUGUGAUGACCCUGUGUGAGCACAGAGCUCUGUGGAAGACAGAGACUGCCAUGGAGGAAGGAAGAGCCUUGGACUGUGACGUGGCCUUUGCCUGUAAUGACAGCCGGGGUUCCUGGAGGCCGCCCCCCCCCCGGUUCUGCCCCGUCUCCCAAAUCUCUCUCAAAGUCUGCCAGGUGGAGCUUGGCUUCCUCUCUCCUGCCUUGAGGUUUGUGAUCUUCUUGCCCAGCACAGGAAGAUAUGCUCAAUGACGCCAUCCAAGAAGCUUGCCCAUCCUUCUUCCUCAGGGCCUGUUCUGCUUUGUGUCCAGGAGAAACAAAUCCUGUUUUGUCUGCUCCAAAGGCUGAAGAACAGGUGCGGAGACACCUGCAUCUGUUGAGACGUUGCAGAACUUGGCAGCUUGGGCUUCUCUCUCUCUCUUUUUAUAGGCUCAAAGCAUUUUUCCAUGGUGAUAAAUUACCCAUCCAGUUGUCAGCAGAUGAAGAUGGCAGUUUUUAUGGACUCACCAACACUUUAGAGAGGGGGUGGGGGCUGUGAGGGCAACAGGUGCAGGAGGACAAGGAAAGAACCCUACUUCCAGGCAUGGCAAGAUGUGCCUGAGGCAUGUCAGCAUCUCCCCACGUGAUGGCCUGACAAAUGGGGAUGGACUCUCUUGAUUCUUGGGAAUAUGGCAGCAUGGCAGGAGUGGAGAGUGAAAAGCCCAAGCCAAAGUUUUAUUUAUUGAAUUUAUAUCUCACCUUCUUUCCCAAGGAGCUUAAGGUGGCAUACAUGGUCCCGCCCCCAGUUAUUCCCCACAACAACCCCGUGAGGUAGGUUAGGCUGAGAGACUGUGACUGGCCCCAAGGUCAUUCAGUGAGCUUCAUGACGGAAUGGAGCUUUGAGGCUUGGCCUCCCAGGUCUUAGCCCAACAUGGUUUGUUGAGGCUGACAGUGAAGUUGAAUUCUCUUGCUGCCACCAGCACCCUUACUGACACUCAAGUCACAGCAGAGAGCCAGGAAGCAACAAGGAGGCAUCAGUGGGAAAGAGCAACUGAGUAUGAACAAGGCUGGGAUGUCACUUUCUUCUAGCGAGUGGCCACUGACAUGGCAGACCAUGGGAGUGGGCAAAACUCCCCCUCAGUUCUUUGGCCUGUGGCUAUUCCAGGCUGCCUCCUUCCUUUCCCCAAUGCAGCCCAGCCCAAAUUCCGGGGUCAUCAGUUUUUAUUGAUUGAUUGUUUGGUUGAUAUGCUGCCUUUGUACACUACUCAGUAGCCAUAAAAUCUCAGUACGGCAUAAAAGCCGUUCAUCGGAGCAGAAAAGAAAUGUAACAAACACAGCAGGGCCACAGUACUCACAGGUCUUAAAACUUCCAGAACCCCAUAGAGUCAUAAAAGACAUCAACGUUAAAAAGAUUAAAAGGCCCUGAGAAAAUAUAAAUAUAAAAAGGUCUUCAGAUGGCACAAAAAAGCCACAUCCGAGAUGUCAGGUGAGCCUUUCUGGAAGAUGGGGAUGCUUCAGGUGGCUCUCAUUUUUGCUAGUUACCUGUUGCCUUUGUUGGAGGCAGCCAGGCAAGGGCCUGAGAAGGUGACUUGAAUGUCUGUGUGGGCUUCCUUGAGAGGAGGCAUCAACUCCAAGCCCAACCAUAUGCAGGAGGCAAGAAGGGAGGAGGGGCACCUCAUCACCGCCUCUUUCCUGCUUCACUCAGUGCCAGGCUCCCGUAAGAGGUGUAAAGUUGCUGGUGGUUUUUGCUGAAGUGACACACCAAUAGCUUUCUUUAGCUGUGCUUUCUGCAUUGCAGGGGAUUGGACUGAAUGACGCCCUGGGUCCCGUCCGACUCUACAGUUCUAGGAUUCUAGGCUUCCCUGAUCCUGUGUGUUGGUGGAAGCGCAUCAGACCACCCCUCCCUUUCAGUUUGCCUGGCAGGAACGGAAAAGGGCCAACCAUCAUCGGCACCUUAGAGACCCCUCCUGAUGAGACAUUUUCAGCAGCUGCUCUACUGAGUUUUGAGUUCUGAGAAGCUCAGCCUGAGCUGGCCCUCCUCAUGCCCUUCAUGGCCAGCAGGAACACCAGAGCUGGGGGAAAGGUGCCAGCAGGGGUGGGGCGUCGGUGUGCCCACAGUUCAGUGUGGCUGACUCUUCUUGACAGCUGUCUCCACCAUGUCUCACUUGUGGGGAGCCACAUCCCUUGAACCAGCUCUUCACGCUCUCUCCAAACCACUGUCUGGCAGAGGAGUGAGAAGUUCUGCCUUCCCCGCAGGGUGUCAAGCUGUGGAAAGGAAGGAGGAGCCAGUUGGCAGGCAGGCAGGCCCCACAGUGGAGCCAGGGGAAGGGGGGCACCGUGGCAGAUGGGGAUAGGGGGGCAGCAGUGCUUUCAGUUCCUAAUCGUCGUCCUCCUGGCACUGCAGGGUUCCAGGGGUUGGAGCGCCACACCAGAUUCCAGGCAAUAGAACAAACAGGCACUCAGGGCAGUGGGUCAGUCACUUCCUAGACAGAUACUUCUUUGCUUUGAAGCUGCACAGGUGGUGAUUCUCAGGUUCUGGUAGCAUCCAGUGCAUCCCCAAUGCAGGUUUAAGAAGUGGUGUGUGCAUGGUGUUGGCUGCACUCCAUAUCUACCCUGUGAUUUCUUGUGGAAGGCUAUGUUUUGAUGAGUUCCCCCUGCUCCCAAACCAGCUACGGUGUGAAUUGAGAAAAAUAGCAGCCUUGCUGCAUCUCAAACCAGUAAUGUGUGCCCCAGCCACAGGUUGAACAUAAGAAGAGCCUGCUGCUUCAGGCUAAUGGUCCACACCUAGUCUAGUAUCCUGGUCUCACAGUGGCCAGCCAGAUGCCUCCAUGGGAAACCCACAAGCCGAGCCCAAGAACACCCUCCUGAAUUUUCUAACAACUGGCAUUCAGAAGCAUCGCUGCCUCCGACUGUGGAGGGAGCACACAGCCAUUGAGGCUAGUAGCCCUCUCUGUGGAUUUGUCUUAGCCUCUUUCAAAGCUGUCUAGGUUGGUGGCUCUCACUGCCUCCUGUGGGAGUGAGUUCCAUAGUUCAACUCUGCACUGCCUGAAGAAGUCCAGAUCAGAAGGUCUGAUUGGACUUGUCAGCUUUCCAUAGGGAGGCAUGGGCUUGAGGCAAGGGAGCUCGCCCAGCUCUGCUCCCAGCCAGGGCCUGCAGCUUGUUGCAGCUGAUGGUACUCUCUCCCAGGGCAUUCAGUCCAGUGGCUGGCAGCAGUACCCACCAUUGGAAUAACCCAAGUCCAAAAGGAGGUCCCCAGAUGAGCCUUGAAUUUGGCAGUGGGCAAUCUUUAGAGGUGAAGGCAGCUCCCAGCCACACAAAGGGCAUCUUUCCACAGAGCUGCUCUUGCCCUUGUGAGGAGGACAGGCAGCCUGGGAGAAGACGCUGUUACAUCAGCAGCACCAUGAGCAUACAUUGCAGAGCAUCUAAAUCAAUCUCAGGUCUUGCCCAAAGUCGCAAUUUUACUAGCCACAAGAGUCAGUCUAGAUGAGGGGAGAGCAAUUUGCAGGCAUUUCCCACCCCCCUGCUGGAUGGCAAAAUAGCAAAGUGGUGUGUGUGUGUGCGCGCGCACACACGCACACACACUUGGGACCUUCUCUAAGCCCCAGCUGACAUUCUGAGGAGACCUCAAAAAUCCUGAAUGAAAACAAAUGUAAAAAUUAUAGGUACAUUUGUAACCUAUUACCACUCAGCCUUUAUGAAACCCUACACGUGCUGGCAAGGGGGGGGAAGAGUGGUGCCGUCCAAAGUAUUUCCUUUUAAAUGAGAAAGUUGCUCCAGACCCCAUCUGGGCUCAGGCAGCUGCCUCUGGAAGGGGCCAGGCUCUGUUCUUGAAACAGAAAACACUGAAGGCGGGGAGAAGAUGCUGUGAUGCAAAUGAUCCCAGUGCUGUCUCACAGCAUGGCAGGGCAGAGUCACAGGGUUUAGUCUCACCUCUCCAUAGGUGGGAAAGAGCUCGACAUCUUUGCUGUGUGACUGGGCCUACGCCAUGGUGACAGGCUGCGCUCUCCCCACCAACAGCCUUGGUACUUGCUGGAGAAAGAGCUUUGAGAAAAAGAAAAGUGGGGGUGGGCUAAAAACAGGGCAUCCAAAGUGGGCAGGGGAAUAGGAACACCUCCCUGCAUUGGCCUUCCAUUAAAAUGCCCCGUCAUUGGUUUAGAGGAAAGGCACAAAUAGAAGUUUAUAAAAGUAUGCGGAGCAUGGAACUAGAACUUGCAGACAUCCAAUAAAGCUGAAUGCAGGAAGCUUCAGGACAGAUCAAAGAAAGGACUUCUUAACAUGGUGCAUCAUUAAACUAUGGAGCUCACCCUUCCAGGAGGCAGUGAUGACCACCAAUUUGGAUGGCUUUAAAAGAGCGUCAAAAUCAUGGUUGAAACGACUAUUGACUGCUACUAGCCAUGAUGGCUAUGGUCUGCCUCCACAGUUGGAGACAGCAAUGCUUCUCAAUGCCAGCUGCUGGAAACAAUGGAAGGGGAGUGCCCUUGUGCUCAGGUCCUGCUUGCGUGUUUCCUUUUGGGUCAUAUGGUUGUCCACCAUGAGAACAGGAUGCUGGGCUAGAUGAGCCAGAAGGCUAUUUUUACGUUCUUAUGUCCUUAUGCAACUAGUGUCAGUGUAAACCACUUGCAGGUGAACUAGCUGGUGGCAGCCAUGCCUUUAAUUGCCUUGCAUCUGAAUUCAUGUGGUGUUGGAGUAGGGCAGGUGAGUACGAUUUCGGGGAAAUGGCUCUUAAUCAUACCUACUUGCCCAGAGGGCUCUUUCCCUUCUCAUCCACCUCCAAACCUCCCUUAAAGGAGGGACCCAGGGAAAUGUGGUUGUUGCUGGCAGAGUCCCUGAUUGCUGGCCUGUGGCAGUGUUUCUAGAGACCCUGGUGCUGUGACAGUCAUCUUCAUGCCAUCUAUUGAUUUUCUCUACUGUGUGUAUCCCCCUGAGUAGCAAUGCACCCCCCACCCUUGCCAGCAUCAUUCAAAGCCUUUCGAAGGAGGGAACUAGAGAGAAAUUGUAGAAAGACAAGUAUGUUUCUGGAAAAAUGGCCCAGCAACAUUUAAUAGGGUACUUUUUUUGUUUACAAAAGGUUGAUGCAGUAGUUGACUCUUGGCCAAGUUGACAGCUGCAGAAGCAGACCAAUGUCACUUCUCAGACAGUACGAUACUAUGCAUGUUUACUCAAAGGUUUGUCCCACUGUGUGAAUGGGGCUUGCUCUCCAAUAUGCACACUGCCUCCUAGAGCGGUUUGGCGCCAUGUUUCCCUCUUGCUGGAGCUCAGUAGCAGCUCCCAGAGGGAAUGUAGAUCAAGAAGCCUCAGAGAGCAAUGACCACAUGAAAGAGCCCCCUGUCCUGCCCUUCCUCCUCCAGAGGCUUUUGUGGGAUUAGCAACUCACCAGAAGGAUUAGGGAGAGCAGGGGGGGAAAUACUCCAGAAGCAACAUCUUCCCUUCAGCUUUGGAGGUCUGAUUCCCGACCAGGCAGGAGCUGCACUAGGGAAAAAGCAACACCAGGAAGGCACUGUGAAGAUGAUCUCUACAAAGGCAGCUGAGCAAGCAGAGAGGAACCAAUGAGACUGCAUAGGCAAGGAGGUGAAAGCUGGAGCUUGGCUGGUGCAGUGAGAGAGAUGCAGCUGCAGUGAGGCCAUGGGGCCUCCCCACACCCAGCCCUCUGCACAGUGUAGUGUGAUAAGCAUGUGAGCAGCUGGUGGCCCUUUGGGGUACCCAGCAUCCCCAUAUGUCUCCCUCUUUCUGUUUGCGUGAGACAGAGCUUCCGUGAGACUCUCAGUCUGUCUUCCAUCUGGGCUCAGAUCAGCUGCAUCCUGCCUGCUGAGUCACAGAGCUAGAGCAGCAGCAGCUUUGCAGGUAUGGGCUGCAGGUCAGAUAUGGAGCCACCUCCUCUUCUCAUGCAAGCCCACCUAGUACAGCAGGUAUUCUUCUCACCAGCUGAACUUUUGAGGACCCCCCCAUCUAGAGAACCAUUCUUUCCCACAGCCACUCCCCAUGGCAGUUUUGAAAGAUUAGAUAAAUUGAUGUGUUUGAAAGUGUUAGCUGUGAUGGCUCAAUGGAGCCUUCAUCUUCAGAGGCAGUCUGAAUGCAGGUGCUGGGGCAGGUGCUGGGGAUACACAAUGGCAGAUAGUUCUUUAUCCCUCAGCUGUCUACAUUGGUUUGUGAGCUUUCUAGAGGUGCUAGUCCACCUCUUUUCCAUGCAGAAGGUCCCAGGUUCAGGAGGGCUAAGAAAGACUGCUCCCUAAGUCCCAGGAGAGUCAAUGAGGAGAUAGUUCUGAGCCAGAAGGGCCAACAGCCACACUCAGGAACAUAGGAAGCUGCCUGGUGCUUGGUCCCAGGUUCAGGAGGGCUAAGAAAGACUGCUCCCUAAGUCCCAGGAGAGUCAAUGAGGAGAUAGUUCUGAGCCAGAAGGGCCAACAGCCACACUCAGGAACAUAGGAAGCUGCCUGGUGCUUCCUGUCCAGUCACUGUUGGUUGAACUCAAAGGAUCCACCUUUGUCUCAUCUAACAUGUCUCUAUGGAUAUUCCUAUUUCCUUCCACUCCCCCCUGGCUUCUUGGUAUCACUAGCAGUGGGGCUGUAGACACACUGUACCUAACCUGGCUUUGGUGUACUCCCACUACUGGUGUUGGAAGGUGACAUUAACCACAAUCCGUAUCCAUCCUGAAGUUCCUUGAGGAAUACUUCUAUUCAAUGUGUUUCCCCUCAAACCAGCUUCCAUCCCACUUGGAAAAAUAGGCUGUGGUUAAGCUGAAGUGUAUACAGUUAAAAUUGCCAUCGUGCAAGUGCAGAGAACAGCUGUAUGAAUAGGAGUUGGUGGGUUCAGGGGCAGGGAAACUAACAAGUCAUGUGCUUCAAAUGACAACAUCCCCUUCCCCACCCCCACCCCUCUCUGGUGUGUGUGCCCCAUGUGCAAAUGUGACUUGAAACAUAGUGGGAGGAGAAGACCUCACUGUGUUUUCAGCAGCUAAUGGGUCCAUAGCCUCAGUGCCAGAGGGUGACCAAGAUGGCCAAGGGUCUGUAAACUAAGCCUUAUGAGGAACGGUUGAGGGAGCUGGGUAUGUUUACGGUAGCUUGGAGAGGAGGAGUCUGAGAGGUAAUGGGGUAGCCAUCUUCAGAUAUCUGAAUGUCUGUCCCAUGGCCAUGGAAGAUGGAGCAAGCUUGCUUUCUGCUGCUCCUGAGAGUAGGACCCAAACUACAGAUUCAAAUGAUAAGAAAGGAGAUUCCCACUAAACGUUAGGAAGAACUUUCUGAUGGUAAGAGCUGUUCGACAGUGGAAUGGACUCCCUUUGGAAGGCGGUGGACUCUACUUCAUUGGAGGCUUUUAAGCAGAGGUUGAAUGGCCAUCUGUCAGAGAUUCCUUAGCUGUGAUUCCUGCAUUGCUGGUGGUUGGACUAGAUGACCCUUGGGAUCCCUUCCAAUUAUACAAUUUUGUGAUUCAGUGGAAAGGAGGGUGGGGAGUGAGAGGCCUGUCAAGAGCAGGAGACCCUGUCCAAGCUCUUACAUCCUUGUGGCGAAACCAGGGUUGGGAGAUGGCUUUGCCAAUUGGCCUCCUUCACUCCUGGACUCUGUCUUGGUCCCCCAGGGGCCCUGCUCCAGAGCACCCAGCUCAAGUAUCUUGCAAGGAGUGUGAUGAAAGGUAUAUUUAUUGUACUUCAUUGAGGCAAGUUGUUUCAGAUGUUUCCAAUUCAUUGGCUGGUUCAGACAUCUGUUCUUGGUUGGAUCAAAAAAGAAAAAAGAAAAGAAAAGAAAAAGGGCUUAACUUGCAAGAAAAAAAAUGUGUUUAUCUUGGAGACUUAUGACAUUCUCUCUAAUCCCAGUAAGUUGUCUAUUAUUGCUAAUGGACAGGUGAGCUACAGCGAGGGCCAGGCAGUCUAGCCCACAGAGGCAUCUCCACGGGACCGAUCCAGCCCAGGCAAGAUAAACCUUGCUGACCCCUGCUCUAGCACCUAGCAGCAGGGAUGCUUGGGGACUUGAGUAUUUGGGAUAUUUGCCUCAAGUAUGCUUAAUGGGAGCUUAUGGAGAAGGACAGUGGCUCAGCGGUGGAGCAUCUGCUUUGCCUGCAGAAGGCCCUGGGUUCAGUCUCAGAUUGCAGCUCCAGGUAGGUCUGGGGAAGACUCCCUGCCUGAAACCCUGGAGAGCUAUUGCUACCAGUUUGUGUUGACAAUACUGAGCUAGAUGGACCAAUAAGGACAUGAGAAGAGCCUGCUGGAUCAGGCCAAUGGCCCAUUUAGUUUAGCAUCCUCUUUUCACAGUGGCCAACCAAUGGGAAACCUGCAAGCAGGAUUUAAGCACAAGAGCCCUCUCCUCUCCUGUGGUUUCCCACAACUGGUAUUAAGAAGCAUUGCUGCCUCCAACUGUGGAGGCAGAGCAUAGCCAUCAUGGCUAGUAGCCAUCAACAGUCCUCUCCUCCACAAAUUUUCUGCCCCCCCCCCCAGUAAAGCAGUUUCCUACCCCUAUAGGAUUAGCCAGAGGGUGGGAUCUGCCACUUCCAGUUGAAGGAGGGAACUUAGUCCAUGGGUUUUUUCAUCCAGUUCCAGAAGAGCCAUCUCAAAGUAAAAAUGGGGUGCAGAGAAGGGAAUCCCAGGUGGGACUCAUGGCAGGAACAUUAGGGAGUCCAAAGGCCAACAACAGUGUUGGGCAUGCAGUGCAGAAAUGGCUGGGCUCUCCUGAUACACUCAGCCAGAAUUCCCCCAGCUAAAGGACUUGACGUCCUUUUUUUUUUAUUUUAAAAUAAUCUUUAUUUAAAUUAUUAAAAUACAAUACAAAUACAUCACGUAAACAAAUAAUAUAAUAAAAUUUGAUAACAAACAAAGAAAACAAACUUCCCAAUCCCUCCACAUCGCUUAGCUGACAUAUUCUCAUUAAUUUGCGUUACUAUCUCUAAAUAUUACGUCUCCAAUCAAAAUUAUUCCCAUUUAUCUUACUUUUCUAUCUAUUUCCCCAUGACCCCUUAAUUUAAGCAAAUCAUCAAUUCCUUUGUGGGCUCAGUCCCACCAUUCGCCCCGCGUUACACCUGCAGGUGGAGAGGGCACCGCUUGGACAUCGUCAUCCUCACGGCAUCUUUGCGGUUGCCCUUCCUGCCCCCCUCCUGAGCCAGCCCAGCCACUUGUUGCAGCUGCUGCUUUGCUUCCAAUUAGCUCACAUCUGUUACAGCUCCAGUGCCGCCCCCAGCACCCCUCCAGCAGAGCGCUGAGCCGCCUGCAAGUGAUUUCAUGUGGCAAUAACGGGAAUCACGAAACCUGAAAAGAAUCUAAACAAGAGAAGCCACUCCAAUUAACCUUAACCCUUGAAAGGCUGGGCGACACCCACCACUGAAGGGGGCUUCAGGGUGUCCUUCAGAGAUCAGCUAUUGGCUGUGACUCGGGGGACCUGAGGAACUUCAGGGACACAGGCGUGUGUCUGUGCGUCUCUGUGUUUAAGAUAAUGUUUGGAGUCAGGUUGCUGAAAGGGUCUGGCUCAAACCCUCACCCCUUAAAACCAGAGAAGGCUCAGAAGAAACCAAAAUGGUUGCAACACCAACAUGUUUAAAUGCAUUGAGCACAAACGGCCUCAUGCUGCUUCUCCCAGCCCCACAUUCCAGAUGUGCCUCCGGUUGCCAGAACCAGACCAGAUCCUUGAAGGAUGUUGUGACACUCUGGUUUGUGUUAGGCGAUGAAAUAGUGACCUUUUAAGUUUCCCAAAAUUCCUUGGGGUUUUUUUUUGGGGGGGGGGUGAACUGCUAAUCACAUUUCUCAUGAAAGUAAUACCAAAAAGACCACAAAAGUGUUGUUGCUUUAAAAAAAAUCAAUUCAGAACUUUCCUUAAAAAUGUUAAGCAGAACCAGAAAUUUCCGUUUAAUGUUUUGAAUCUGCAGAACUGCUAAUUUCAGAAAUAGUAAGUUUCAAUUCUGCUCCAAGCCUAUCCAGAUGUCAAAGAGCAUUUGCUGCUGCUUGCCAGGGCUCCCCCCCCCCAAAUCCCCCGCUCAGCCUGGAUAGCAGCUGAACCUGAGAUGUGCCUGCAGGUCAGGGAGCUCAGCAGGGGCCUGUGUACCUUUGCAGCCUCAUGUGCCUGGAUGGUGCUCUCAUGAAGCACAGGCCUGCUGUUCAUGCUGCCUUUGGCAUUUGAGCUGAGACCCACCUGGGCUCUCCAGCAGUCAGGGAAGAGGAAUCCACCUUCUUGCAUCGUCUGGAUAAUUUGAGGUGAAGAACCAAAAUUGGGGUCCACCAUGAUCCAACGGGGAAAUGUUUGUGGGUUCUCACGAAGUGGCCCCAUUUACCAUAGAUGAUGACUGGUGCUUCCAGUUGCCACGCCCCUCCAUUUUUGUUGGGCCCACACGUGGGAAAGCAGGGAGGCCACGUGGAGCAGGCCGUGCAAAACUGCCUCCAUUGCAACCCAGCAGCUGCAGAGUACACUUUGCAGAGGGCGGAACAUGUGCUUGGAUUAGUUAUUUCUUUUAUGGCAUUUCUAUCCCACCUUCCUUUCAUCCUGAAACUUAAGGUGGCCUACACGUUCACUGGAGGCCCUUCCCCAUCCAGGUCCAGAGUCACUUACCGUAUUUUCCCGUGUAUAAGAUGAUGUUUUUUGCGGGGGUGGGGGAGGCAAAAAUUGGAUGUCGUCUUAUACACGGAUAGUGAAUGCAGAGGGGGGGCAUGCGAUUAAUGGCAGCGGCGAUUGGGCGGGUGAUUAGUGGCUGCGGCAAGGCCUGCUGGUGAUUGGCUGUGGCUGUGGCAAUUGCGCAGGCGAUUGGCGGCUGCAGCAAGUGGGCGGGUGGGCUGUUGGUGGCGGCAAGCAAGCAGACAAUUGACAGCUGCGGUGAGGUGUGCAAUCGGCAGUGGCUGUGGCAAGCGAUUGGCAGCGGCGAGCAGGUGGGUGAGCAAUUGGCAGAAGUGACCUCUCCCACCCCAAAAGCUAAACAACUUAAUUUCUUAAUUUUGGUUUUUAAAAAUAGGGGUUGUCUUAUAUAUGGGGGCGUCUUAUACACGGGAAAAUAUGGUAGCUUCAGCAAGGUGGUGGCCUCAGGCACCUGCAUCAUCCAGAGAAGGAGCUCAGGGGGCAGAACUGGGUCUUCUUGAGAACUCCCAGCAAGGGCAGGCAGGGUUGGGCCAGGGAGUUCCACUGUCUCUUGCCCCUUAUUGGAUUGUGUUUGGCAAUGGGUGGAUGUGUGACGGUAGGUCUUCCAAAUUUCCAAACACUUCUUUGUUUUUAGUGUUUUAGUGUUCUAGUGUGCUUUGGCCUCUGUUGUGGAAGCAGCACAGUAAUGCUACAAGCCACUCAGUGAUGCCGAGGUGUCCUCUGGCAGGUGGGCUUCCAGCCUAGCCACCUUCUCAGGCUGUGUUAGGGUCUGACCUGGUUGACCAUCCUCUUUGAAAACUGAUACCAAAGAAACUAAAUUAGCCUCUCAAGGUGCUGUGGUCAAUUUUUCCAGUUAUUUUUCCAAGGGACACAUAUGCAAAUAUUUAGUUUUGUAGUUCCAGUUUUGUACUUUCCUUUUCCUGUCGUUAAUUAAAAAUAGCAUUUGGGUUUUGGUUGAUCCCUUGAUAUGACAAUAAAAAAAGCCUAAUUGAAUGGUGUAGGGAGUGAUGGGGGAGGGGUUGUGUGCAGAGAGCCCCAGAAAACCACAUAUGGUGUAAUAAAAACAAAUGAAGAGACUCAAAUGUGUUUUGUGUCAGGCAUAAGACUCAUCAACAUUAAAUAUCACUAACAUGGAGAAUGCAUAUUAACUUGUAACGUAUCACAAGACCUUGUUGGCCGAUGAAUUCAAAGGAGAACAUCUUGGCUUUAUAGUGGAGUCUUCUGAAUGGAACGUGACCUCAUAAGUGAAGUUGAUUCCUGGCAUGGGGGGGGAUUGUGGCCCCCGCAGAAUCCCGAGGCGAGGGUGCAUUCGCCCUUUGAACUUCCAGACUGUUACCGUGGAAUGUUUUACAACCAUUCCUCGGUCUUCCAUGCACCACUUUAAAGCCUUCAAAGUGUCUGCGUCAUCUCGUUCUCCCGGAAUUUGCUGCAUAUGGCUGAGGACUAUCCAGAGUAUUUGAGCAAUUGCAAAAAGUUGGGCCGCAGGGUUGGCUUAUUUACUGGGAAAGGUCUGGGCUCAAGACAGCUAGCAGUACAAAGCGAUCCUAAACCCCAGAUAUGUUGGUUUGGAGGGGCUGGACUGGCAGAUCAACAUCCACCUGUGGAUGGAGAGUGCUGCUGCAGAUCUAAGUCCAGCCGAGUGGAAAGCCGCGGGGCCAGAAUGGGCCAGAAUGAGCGUGUCGAGGGCAGGGUGAGAGGCAUGGUUCUGCAGGAUCCAAACCCCUGCCAUCCUCUGUGCAGGCCCAAAAAACACAGCCCAGCAAACACCACUGAAAGGGCAAGUCUAAGAAAUUGCAAGCCCCUAGGUUGAAAGGGACAGGCCCCAAGAGGUCCACAUUGGCACGGGAGUGCUCAGGAUCCAGUACAACCCACCAGCCAAUCACCUGGCACCACCAGACAUCUUUAUCAUAGAAUCAUAGCACUGUAGAGUUUGAAGGUACACCCCCUGCAAUGCAGGAACCAUAAUUGUGGAAGGUCCCUGAAUUGUUAUGUAUUCUGGAUCCAGGUGAGGUUGGCCCCUGGUCAGAUUGGGGCUGCUCCAAAAUAACCUGAGCAACAUCCCUAAUACAGUACCUGAAGUAAAUAAAUACUCCUCAAUCUGUCCAGCUGUAUUUGGAAGCUGUAAAUGCAGCAGCCGGGUUGCUCACUGGGGCAUGUUCUGGUGGUAGGUAGCAUCCACUUCCAAUUCAUGGGGUUCACCCCCCCAAAAAAUCUAAGGAUCCAUUCAUUAUCUCUUGCCAAUCCCAAGCCAAGACUCUGUGGUUGGAAUGGGAUUCCUUCAAAGCCUCAAAUUGUGCCAAGGAUGAUGUGCUCAGAAACUGUUUUGUUAACAAACAUUCACAAACAUGAACUUGUUUUUCGAGUAACCACCGCAGGGGUUGUGACUUCUGCAGAGAGAGCCACUAAGAGGCUCAUUUACACAAGUGACAGAAUUUCAGACAUGUCAGAAUAUGGCUUACAGAGGCUGGGGUGGUGAGGAAUGCUCUUGGAACAGAACAGGAGCAGAAAGAAACUGUUCCUGAAUGGUGGAUUCUUUGUGCCUCUCAGUCAGUAGUUUCCAAAUCCUUUGGGGGCCACUGCCCCCUUGUUUCCCUAAACUUAUCCCCAGUACCCCCUACCUUACCGUAUAGGGACCCAGGUGGCGCUGUGGGUUAAACCACAGAGUCUAGGGCUUGCUGAUCAGAAGGUCGGCGGUUCGAAUCCCUGCAACGGGGUGAGCUCCCAUUGCUCGGUCCCAGCUCCUGCCCACCUAGCAGUUCGAAAGCACGUCAAAGUGCAAAUAGAUAAAUAGGGACCGCUCCGGCGGGAAGGUAAACAGCGUUUCUGUGCGCUGCUCUGGUUCACCAAAAGCAGCUUUGUCAUGCUGGCCACAUGACCCGGAAGCUGUCUGCAGACAAAUGCCGGCUCCCUCGGCCUAUAGAGUGAGAUGAGCGUCGCAACCCCAGAGUCGGACACGACUGGACCUGAUGGUCAGGGGCCCCUUUACCUUUACCUUACCUUACCCUAUUAAAAGCAUUAUUCAGAGCAGGAGUUUGCAUGACCCACUAAGGAUGAUAAUAACACAAUAGAAUUUGAAGCAGUAAGUUAAUUGCACAUUUAUUCAAAAUCUAAUUAAAACUGUUUGAUUUAAUUCAACAAAACUGGUGAACUUGAUCCAGUGAUACCAGCUUUUCAAAGUCUGAUAGUCAUUUACACCAUAAUAAUAAUAAUAAUAAUAAUAAUAAUAAUAAUAAUAAUAAUAAUAAUAAUAUAUUAUUUAUACCCCGCCCAUCUAGCCAGGUUCUCCCAGCCACUCUGGGCGGCUUCCUGCCACUCCCAUGUGUCUUUGUGUGCCCCCUAGGUUAUCCCACUGCCCCCCAGGGGGCACCCACUGUGGGAACCACUGCUCUAAGGCACUGGUCUAUAACUGGUGGGUCAGGACCCACUACUGGGACACAACCUAAACAGGUGCAACAGGCAAACAGCAUAAUUCUACCAAAUUAAGACCUUGAUCACCUAGCAUGGCAUUUGUUCCAUUUGGUGUAGUUUUCAAAUACAAGAAGGAAGAGGUGUGGGUGUGUCGCUCUGUCUGGAUAAGAGGAUGGCCAUGAGCUGGGAGUGGCUGGGGAGACCCAGCCAGAUGGAUGGGAAAUAAAUAAAUAAAUAAAUAAAUAAAUAAAUAAAUAAAUAAAUAUUAUUAUUCUUUAGGCAGAAGAAGCCAAGCCCACCACCCCAAUGCCACUUGGUAUUUGCUUUACUCAUGCUAGCCUUGUUGGAAUUGCAGCUUAAAAGAGAGAAGGUAAAUGGAGCUGUAGCUGUUAAUUGUUCUCUCUCUGUUUAGAAGCCUCCGGCUGCCGGCCAGGCCUGCAGAAUCCAGAGCUUCUCAGCUGUGGAACUUGGCAAUGGUCGGGUGAGACGGGGCUUCGGUCUUUGGCCCCCUGCCCUCGGCAAAGCACCUGAAGUCAAUUAAGUUGCCAUUCUGUUCUUUUUAACUUUGUCAGUCGAUGGGGGAACGACACGCAGAGGGAGGGAGGCCUCGAGCAGUGGUAAGCUUUGACCUGUCACUGUCUCAGCAGGCAAUGCAAAAAUGGAGGGGUGCUUUGCUGGAUCACAAACAUCCCAUCCAGGACUUGGAGGAAAGCAUCAGCACCGCCCUGCUUACCUCUGGACUUCGUUCUGGCUUGAGCUGGGCUUCCAGACUUAUACUGAUCCUUCCUGAGUCUGGAAGCUCAGAAGAAAUUCCGGCUGAGAUCCACUCAUGCCUCUGAAGUGCGACUUUGAUCACGAUGGCCAGGGGUUGUGCUGAAAGACCCAGAACUUGCAAUCAAUGGAGUGGAGGUGCAUUUUUUUUUUAAAAAAAAAGUGGGCGAUAUUUUGCAAUUUAAGAGGUGCUGUGAGCUUGAACCUGCUCCGUCCCACAAAAAGCCUCUUCCAAACAACCAUCUUCUCUUUCUUUCUUUCUCCCACACUGACUACCAAAGCAGACCUGGGGAGUGUUUAUGGAAUCUGCCUAAAGGAAAUCUAUCCCUUUGUUCUUAACCCUGUUCAAAAUGUAGAACCGACAAUAUACGUUUAAGCUGCCCCAAAUCAUGGGAAUAAUAAAUAAAUAAAUAAAUAAAUAAAUAAAUAAAUAAAUAAAUGCAUUCCAAAAAUAUUUCUUACCCUUGUUAUAUUUUUCACUUAUCCCCAUCCCUAGUGAUGGGAAUCAAUAUUUUUGAAACCAAACCAAAUGCAGGCCAUGAAAUACAAUAUGAAGUACAUAAGGCUGUGCCUCUUUUACAAUAUUAAUGGCUCCCUUGCACUGAAGGAAAAUCCAGCCCCCAUGUUUGCUGGAAGUGCCUAGGUCAGACUCUGGUGGUAAGGCCCUAACAGGAAGGGUUGUAUAGGCACCAAGGGACAUUUGGGGGCAAGCCAGACCUGCAGAAGAGGGACGGGAUCCCUAAGAGGUGAGCAAUAGGGAAUGCUUCUUAUUGCCCAAAUGGCAAUAGGGUAUAAGAGCCAGGGAAUGAAAGUGCACCAGGACCUUAUGGUAGAUAAAAGAGGGGAAAGGCCCUAAUGGAAAAGUUGCUUUCCUAAGUGGAUUUUGUAAAUUGUCUUGCUAGGCAUUGAAUUGGAACAGAAAGGGCCACUCCAUUUCUUUUACGGGAUUCUUGCCCACAGUAGUAGAUAUGAUGGCCAUCUGAACUGAAUUCGCCCAUUCCCGUCCAUUUUAGUUCACUGAUGCCCAGGAUGUCAAUAUUUAUUCUUGCCAUCUCAUUUUUGACCACAUCCAGCUUACCAAGGUUCAUGGUUCUUACAUUCCAGGUUCCUAUGCAAUAUUUUUCUUUACAGCAUUGGACUUUCCUUUCGCUUCCAGGCAUAUCCGCAACUGACUGACCUUUCAACUUUGGUCCAGCCGCUUCAUCAGCUCUGAAUCUACUUGUACUUGUCCUCCGCUCUUCCUCAGUAGCAUGUUGGAUACCUUCCGACCUGAGGGGCUCAUCUUCCAGCGUCAUAACUUUUAUAUGCCUGUUGUCUUUGUCCAUGGAGUUUUCUUGGCAGGGAUACUGGAGUGGCUUGCCAGUUCCUGCUCCAGGUGGAUCACAUUUAGUCAAAACUCUCCACUAUGACCUGUCCAUCUUGGGUGGCCCUGCUCAUAGCUCCUCUGAGUUAUUCAAGCCCCUUCACCUUGACAAGGCCACACUACAGCUCUAGUUCCUUUCCCCCAAAACUUCCUCUCUGUGGCUGUGAAGGAGAAACCAAAAGGCCUCACCCUGUCCAUCCCACUUUCCUUACAACCAUCUGGGAAAGGCUUUUCAGAACAAGUGGCACAAAUUUAGUUGCUGGGCUAGCAGGCGGGAUGCUUGGUGUCAUGGGCUGGAUGAGACCAGCCCUCCCUCAGUCCUCAUCAUCCCAACUCUAUGACACUUUGCCUUAUUCAGCACAACACUUCCCACAUUCUUCUUAAGCAAGGAGGCAUUCAUUAGGUCCUCUUUCACAGAUCACUGACACAGCCGCUCAAGAGAUUCUAAAUAUGUACUCCUGCUGGUAUAUUUAAAUUCCAUUCUUGUAAGUAGACCACGCAAGACCGCAACAGCCCUUUCUUUUGAAACUGGCAUUUCCUGCAAAGCCCUGAAGUUUAUAGUAGCUGAUGAGAUAGUACUGAUUUUAUAGGAAGCCUUGGAACACAAGCCUUUGUUUGAAAUCACCGGGAACCAUGAAAUGUAAUGUAAUGGCAAUCAAGACCUGAAAACUAAGUGUUCAUAUGACCUGGCAACAAAAGUAUAGCUCCUGGCACUUUAAAUCCUUGCAUCCAAAGUUGCAAAAGAGGUGUUGUCAUACCUGGGCAUCCUUUUUUAUUAUUUGAAUUUGUAUGCCACCCUUUAUCUGAAGAUCACUGGGUGGUUCACAACAUAAAAAUACAAAAUGAGAACACAAAAUACGUAUGGUGGUGGUUGCUGAUGACUCAUAGAUCUCCCACCUGGCAUUGGCCACUACCAUAAUGUGUUCCCUAACAGACCUCAAAGUCUUGAUUGAUUGAUUGAUUGACCUCAAAGUCCAGGUUGGGUAAUAUGGGGAAAUAUACUCUUUCAGAUAGUGAGCUAAUGGAUUUUAAUGAGCUUUACUGUAUUAGAUAUAACUCUGGUAGCAAUCACAUCUACUGAGAUUGGAUUUAUUGUUUUUGAAAGCCACCUUGAACUAUAGGAAAAAAAGGCAGGCUAUAAAUCUUUUAAAGAUAUAGAUGCAAGUAAAUAAGACCUGGAAGUGAACCCCUUUUCAGUUUAGCCAGCUGCUCUAUUACUGUGACCCAAGAUAGGCAGUUAUGGGGGUCCAUGCACAGACACCAUGACUUGAACAUCUCCCGGCUCAGUCUCUCAUCACCUGCAGUGCUCUCACACUGACAUGGGCCCCUGACUUUGCCCAUGCGCUAGCCCCCACCUUUAGACCAUCUCCCUCAUUCUAUCGCUGCAGGGGGUUGGACUAGAUGACACUUGGUGUCCCUUCCAACUCUCCAAGUCUAUGAUUCUAUUAUUCUCUCGCGUGGCUGAUGCCUCCUUGGCCUUCCUGCCCAUACAGGCAGCGGCAGCAGCAGCAGCAGCAGCUGGAAAAAUGUGGCAGCCACAUGUUGGCAGAGGCUGAAUCCUGGGCACAUUUUUUCUCCGCGCAGCCUUUAAGCGGUGGGAAGCAUUUCAAAGGAAACUAUUCCCCCCAUAACAUGCUUGUGAUCUGAAGAUGACUAUUUAGAAGGCAGCCCGGCAUUAAUUUAGCAAUUCACUACAGAGUUUGGCGUGAGGUUGAAAGCACUAAAAUAAAUUGUGGUGAAGUCGUUUCCCUCAAACCAGAUUGUGUGGUUUACAUUAUUUGUCAAAGUUAAGUACAACUGGCAGGUUUGUAUCAUUCAUGCGCAGCUCAGCAGGGAGAGGAGCCUGAGGACAGGCACUCUGCGGGGCUUUGGGGUUGUCGGUGUUCCCCCUAAGAUGCUGUUUGAUGGGAUACUGCACAAAGUUGGGUCAACUGGAGGCCAGUUCCCUGCGUCUUUAGCACCAUGGCGUCAUCACCUCUUCUUCUUCCUUUCAUGUUCCCUAUAAGUUGAUUGGUUUAUUUCCCCAUGAUCUCACAUGGAGGAGGGCAUGAAGGACAAAGCUCUCUCCCGUACCUGCUCCCUAGCCAUUGGCACAGAGAGGCAUGCUCAGUAGCUAUGAACCCUUGUGGCUGUAUCCUACCUCCACUGUCUGCAGUAAGAUGCUUCUGAAAAUCAGCUGCUGGAGUCCUCAGGAGGGCUUGGCAGCCAGGCAGACUUGGUCCAGCUGAUACAGGCCUUACUCUGGCAUGGUGCUCAACAAUCCUGUGUUAGUUUUUCAGUACCUGGGUACUGCUGGGGAAUAGGGCUGCUCCUGCUGCUACCCAGGUCUCAAGGUGUGACCAUUCUAGGUUUUAACAUCCUUCUCACCAGAGUCUCCAAGGGAGUGAGUAGAAAAGUCAGGGUGACUGGGCCGAAUCAGAGACAGGGGAGUUGACUUUGUGUCCUAUGAAGUUUCACCACAGUCCCAGGAGUGCGUGAAUCCUCACCUUGCUGCUGUGCAUCUAGACCAGGUUUCCUUAAACUUGGCCCUCCAGAUGUUUUGAGACUACAAUUCCCAUCAUCCCUGACCACUGGUCUUGUUAGCUAGGGAUAAUGGGAGUUGUAGGCCAAAAAAUCUGGGGGGCUGAGUUUGAGGGGGCUGUCUGUAGGCAGAAAAUAACAGAACACCACUAGUCAUCACAUACAGCUCCCAAGUUAAAACAGUACAACGCAUCAUCAGAGAUCUACAGCCUCUCCUGGACAAUGACAGCUCCCUUUCUCAAGCUCUGGGAGGAAGACCUUUCAUUGCCUACAGACAGCCACCCAAUCUUAAACAAC